UAUCAUUAUAGCAAUCAAAUUGAAAAGUUAUUUGAAAAUAAAAUCAACAACUUGAAUUAGUCAUGAAAUUAUUUUAUUAAAUUUUUCCGUACGGAAUUUCUAGUGCUUAUACCCCUCACGUUAUUCGUUUAAAUUCUAAUACUGUUCUUGAGGUAAUUGACAAUGGCAGAUUUCAAAACGUCAUCAAGUAUAAUAACAAAAGAAUGUUUAAGAGCACAAAUUUGUGGCGAAGGUGAGUGGCCAAAAAAUACAGUAUUAUACCAGCCCUAUGAAACAGAACAAAUUCUAUUACCUGACAACUCAAAAUGUUUAUCGGUUAAAACAUUUUUAAAAAUGGCUGGAUUGGAAUUCAUUGUAGAAGCAAGAGAAAAUGCCGAAUAUAUGUCACCACAUCGAGGUAAAGUGCCUUUUAUUAAAGCAGGCCAAUUUUUAGUUGCUGACUUUGAACCAAUCAUCAAUUUUGCCCAAUCUAAAGGCUAUUCUCUAUCUACACAUUUAGAUGAAGCACAAAAGUGGGAUCUUAGAGUUUAUAUGGCUCUAGUAAAUAAUGUUCUUUUAAAUGCUGAGAUUUAUGUAGCAUGGAAUCACGAGCUUACUUAUAAAGAACUCACUAAGCCAAGAUACAGUUCCGUUUAUCCUUUUCCAUUGAACCAUUGGGCUACAUAUUAUAAACGCCGUGAAAUGUUAUCACAUUUAGAUGUAUUAGGUUGGAAAAAAAAAUCGUUGGAUGAAGUAUUUAAGGAGGUGGAAAAAAUAUGCGAGUCAUUGUCAAAUUUUUUGGCAGACAAGAAAUAUUUUUUUGGAGAAAAGCCAACUGAAUUAGAUGCUUUAGUAUUUGGUCAUUUAUUUUCCAUUAUAACAACACCACUAUUAAACAAUCGUUUUGCUGCAACUGUCAGAGCUUAUGAUAAUCUAGUUCAGUUAUGUGUACACAUUGAAACAGAAUUUUAUCAGUCUAGAAUUUUAUGAUAAAAAUAAUUGUUUUAUUUGAUUGAAUAUUAGUAUUAGUAUUAAAAACUAAUAAUUUUACUAUUAUUAUUUAACUA